AUGGGUGAAAGAGAGACCUUCAACUCACUUUUCAAGCGAGAGUUGUGGCUUUUCGCCAGGCGCUCAACCGAUUCACCAAAGGCAGGGUACUGGAAUCCUGGGGUCAGGCAGCUUAAGCAGUGUGGCUUGCUCUCUGUAGGUGUGAAGAUUUUGGUGGACCUGGUGCAGACGGAGGACAUCCAAAGGGAGAAGAAGCUUUUCAAUGAACAUGGCACCCCCCCCUCCCCCGACAGCGACAGCUUUGGCAUCCUUUGUUGGCAUUUGGGUGACCAGGACGACCCAGAGCUCAAGAUACAGGUAAAUAGCUAUAUCGACGAGGAUUCUGCCGAUUCCGAGUUCAGGGAUGAUAGGGCUUUGCAGUUUGUCAAAGAGCUGAGGCUGAAGAAGCUUGCCAACGAAAGCAGCGAGGCCUCUGCAAAGCCUGAAACCAGGGAGCCAGAGCCCGCCAAGCCCGCCACGCCCGCCACGGCCGCCAAACCGGCUGCCCCGGCUGCCCCGGCUGCCGCCAUCGUGCUCGCAGAGGCCCUGCAAAGCCGAAGCAAAGAGCACCGCCAGCAGCUGAAGAAGGCCGAUGGCAUCUUUGAGGAGGGCGAGCGGAGCGAAAGCAAAGGCAGUUUGGCAGAGGCACAGAGGCUGUAUGUCAGCGCGAGCCAGAUGGUGAUGAAGGUCAUUACCUUGGAGCAGUACAAGAACAAUGAUCUUCGGGAAAUCCUCGCAGCAAGGAACAAGGUAACAGAAUACGUCAACCGCUCCGACAAGCUGACCGAGAAGCUGCAAAGUGAGAAGAGGGAGAACCGCAAGUCCGAGGGUAGGGCAUCCCGCAGCCGCCGACGAAGGUCACCAGAGGAUAGCAGCCGAAGAGGAUCUAGGGAAGAUCGAAGAGAUCACAGAGACCGGGGUAGGGCAAGCUAUCAUCACCGGCGCGAUGAUAGACGUGAAGAGCGACGGGACGACCGGCGGGAUGAGCGAGCAAGGUCCAGAGAUGGGCUUCGCGCGAAAGCAGGAGCAGGGAAGGCGGAUCGAAGCCGCAGUCGGGACACCAGGCGCGAAGACACCUCUCGGGCUUCCCAUGCCGCAUCAAGCCGCGAUCGAACUCAGGACUCGACUGCUCCGAUCGUGGAGACGGCGGAGGCUACACGUCCGAAGGGCAUGCCAGCGCAAAGGCCGGCAUCGUUGGAUCCGGCCACUCCCGCACCGGAGCAGCCCAAGAAGGACGUGAGGAUCAUGACUGAGAAGGACCUGCUGGUGAUCAGGAGGGAUAGAUGGCAAAGGGCAACGGCCAAGGAGCUUCCAUUCCGUAGGACAAUAGGUGCUGUUGCAACGACAUUUCAAGAAGACUUGUCUUUCGCUGCGGGCGAGACCGGGAGGAAAAGCGGAUGGGCGGGAGUGCAGCUGAAGCAGCCGCAGCUCAUCGCAGCUCACGUCAAUAAGAAAAGGAUGCGUUUUGCGGGUCUCAGAUUACUCCUAGCCUUCUUACUCGCGAAUGCGGCUGCACAGACCACAGAUGGCGGGCGCAGCGAGCUGCCCGGGAUGAAGAAGGACAUCUUCGAUCAGAUGAAGGAUGCCAAGAACAAAGGCCAAAGCGGAGCUCAGCCGGCGAAGCGGGCUGACUGCCCCAAGAGUGACCAGCUCUCGCCUUUCCGGGCAUUCUGCAUUGUCCAGGGAGAGAUAUUCGUCAAGUUCAACGACACUGACGACAAGUGCAGAAAGAUCGUCAGCGUAGGCGGAGCAAACACAUCUGCGCUUUUUGCUGCUUCCAGGACCUGCGGCGCCGCGGGCGAAUGGAAGAGAAGAGUUGCUGAGGAGCUUAGUGCCGUCUACUUCGUCGGUGGCUGGGAGGAAUGGCCGAAGAGCGAGGGCGAGCCAGUCGAAGUAGAGCUUGAAGAUGGCAACUUCUCAGUGCCCAUCACUGCCGAGAAUUACGAAGUUAUUAAGGACUGCUGGGCAAGAGGCUGUGGAUGCGAACAGGCUGCGAAUCCGAAGAUGAAGGGCGUGCUGUGGUCGCUCUUAGCCAUCUGCGUCUUCGGCAUCGGCUGGGACGGCAUAAAGCUAACCUGGGAGAAGAUCUCCGGUGGCAAGAAGAAAGACAAGGACAAGAAGGACAAGAAGGAGAAGAAAAGCAAGAAGGGAGACGAUGAGGUCACAGGUGAUGAGUCGACUGAGACCAAGUCAGAAAAAGACGAUGGCGAUGACAAGAGCGCCAAGGACACCGACGCAGAAGGCAGAGAGAAGGAUGACGGCAAGGAUGACAAAGAGAGUGAGAAUGCCACGGACGCCGACAAAAAUGAGUAG